AAUUCUUAUUGAUCGAAGAGGACAGGGAAGACCACGCAUACGCAUUACGAUUACAGCGUGAAUUUGAUAGUGAGCAAGCAGGUAAUGGGUCAGAACCAAUUCAAAACAACAGGCGAGAAUCUUUUCUAGGUACAAGGCCAGAAUCAUUUCGAGUUCGAAGGAGGCGAGAUGGUGCGAGAGAUGAUACUUCCAAUGAUGAAGCCAUUGCCAGAGAAUUACAAGAAUCUCUUGAUGCAGAAGAAUCCAACGCUCCUAAUAUUAGGUCAAUUGAUGUUUCAUCAUUAUUCGAAGAGGAUACAAGUUUUUUUGAAGAUCCAUACUUACCGCUUUCAACACAACAACAACAUUUUGAAGAAAGCAACCAUGAUGAAAAUAAUUUUCCUGGCUAUCCAAUAUAUAUUGGCAAUUCGACCGAAGAUUAUUAUGAAAAUGAAUCAAGUGGAGCUGCCAUCAAAGGAUUCAAUGAAACAGAUUUUGUAUUGAAACCAAGAGUUGCCUUCAGAGAUGAACCAGCAUUAGAUGCAGGCGGAGUGUUCAACGAUACGAUUCGUCAGAUCUUGGAAAUAUUUAUGUCGCUGGAAAACCCCGAAUAUGGUGGCGACGGUCAUCUCUUCACGGGAGAAUCUUCCAAGCUGAUUAGUUCCACAGCACCAGUUCAUUUUGUGGACGAACUUGAUGCGUUUGGCGAUGUAUUGUAUCUGGCGGUGAUUCACAACAUACCGUUUCCAAGUGACCUGGAUAUUGCACUGUUCAAGUACUCUUUGAGCUUGGAGAAUACUAUAUCGGUGGAGGAUUUGAGAGGAUUCAGCACGACGAUGUAUAAUCUCGCCAGAAACAUUUACGAAGCACAACCGAACGUGAAGUUAUCGACGAUAGAAGGAUUUGACCAGUGGGCCGAAGAGAAGGAAAUCAAUGCACGUCGUCUGCAAUUGUCACGUGAUUCGUCCGUGCAAAAGGAAUUGUACUCCAGGUCGAGGGGCAAUUUAAGGAAAUUGUCUAGGCUCAUCUGCGAGGAUGUUUUGAUUAACAGCCGUAUCAACCAGCUUAAGGCUAUAAAUAAGAAAUUUAACAAGUUCGGCUUUUUCGAUGUUUUGAAAUCGAAGCGAAUCGAUAUCGCGGACAUCAAAAAUUACUUUUACCGUGAGAUAAUAAACCCCAAUGACAUAAUUCAAAAAUUGGUUUUCGAUGAUAAUCUAAAUCAUCGGCAAAACAGAGUUCGAACUUAUCUCAUUGAUUGGCUAAGAAUGCAAGAGAAGUCGAAGCUGCAGGAAUUCUGUAGAUUGGUUACUGGGUUCAAGAACCCCAGAGAACAAAUAAAGGUAUCCUUUAAACCUCACCUCCAAGGGGAGCCCAGAGAAAUCAACAUUACACCCAAGUUUGCUACAUGCUUCCAAGAGAUUAAACUUAGCGAAAAUUUUUCUUCACGACAAGAAUUUUACACCAUCAUGAACGCGCAAAUCGAAGCAAUCCACGACAAUAGAUUUACCACUGCAUAA